GGCAACAAUUAGAUCUGGGUGCGAGGCAAAGGAGCUAUGUAUUUAGACCUCUUACCACUAUGAAACCCAUACUCGGUGAAACCACUUUAAGGAUGAUAGACAAACAACUCAGCAAGUAACAGUGACAUCAUUUUUAGAAAAUUACAGGACCCUGUUUUCGUACCUGUUAAAGUACACUCCGGACAGAGCUUUAAAAGCAUCAGAAAAAUCACUAUUUAGUUUAGUCUGAACGACGUUGGCUCUGAAGCUACUCACAAGGAUUUGAUUCCAUCUCAGGGGCCGGAUAGGCUGGUGGGUUGGCUUAGCCCCUCCGUCUGCAAAACCACUCAUCGGCUGAGCAACCCGAUGAUAGAGAGGAAAGGAGGGAGGGAGGGAAUAAAGGAUUCAAUUCAAAGCAUACUCUCAGUUCAGCUGCACUUUGCAAGCUUCCUGCCUCUUGCCCUAAGGCUGUUCUGGCUUAGGCAGGGAUCUAGGACACAAAGCAUAGGAAGCGGACGCUUUGGAUGUUGAAAGUUGUUUCGUCCACUCGAUCCGGAGCUGUGCGACCCCCAGAAGAAAGCUUUUCCCACUUCUGGCUCCAAGAAAGCGGAAAUUUGUGGGAAGCAAUGCCUAGGCGGAGCAUAGUGGAAGUAGCUGUGCAGGAUGUACAGAAGAGACGAAUCCCUAACAAGCAUUAUGUAUACAUCAUCAGAGUUAAUUGGUCCAAUAACUGCACUGAUGUCAUCUACAGACGUUACAGCAAGUUUUUUGACCUUCAGAUGCAGUUGCUUGAUAAGUUUCCUAUGGAGGGAGGCCAGAAAGAUCCAAAGCAACGAAUCAUCCCCUUUUUACCGGGUAAAAUCCUCUUCAGAAGAAGUCACAUCAGAGAUGUUGCAGUGAAGCGACUAAUACCAAUUGAUGAGUAUUGCAAGGCUUUAAUCCGGUUGCCAGUCUACAUUUCUCAGUGUGAUGAAGUUCUGCAGUUCUUUGAAACCAGAUAUGAGGACCUAAACCCACCAAAAGAGGAGCCAGUUGGAAAGAAGAAAUCUGGGCUUAUCAAGCGAACAGCAUCUUUCCUAAAGAGAGUGGGAGAUGGAAUGUCUGCAGACCCCAUGGUACUGGAUCAAUACGUGGCUGUAAAUGAUUACGAAAAGCAGGAGAGCACAGAAAUCGGCCUACGAGUCGGUCAGGUGGUGGAUGUCAUUGAAAAGAACGAGUCUGGUUGGUGGUUUGUAAGCACAGCUGAUGAGCAGGGAUGGGUACCGGCAACAUGCCUAGAGGCCCAGGAUGGAACGCUGGAUGACUUUCAGCCAGAUGAAGUUCCUCGGAGAUUCUGGUCUUUGCCAAGGCAUGUGGGCCGUCGGAGGACACUGGGAGACUUGUACAGCUAUGGCUGGGGUCGAGAAGAAAAGUAUGUGGUCAUUUAUCCUUAUUCUGCAAGAGACCAGGAUGAAAUAAAUUUGGAGAGAGGCAACAUUGUAGAGAUUGUACAGAAAAACCUGGAAGGAUGGUGGAAAAUCAGGUAUCAGGGCCAGGAAGGUUGGGCUCCUGCGUCUUACUUGAAGAAAGCUAAUGGAGACGCGAUGGCUCCAAGAACAACAUCUGGGUCAACAGUGAGCUCAAAUGCCCUAGACCUGGAUGGGUACCCCAGGCAGCAUAGCUCAGCAAGCAGAGACAGAGAGGUGCUGAAUAACCAGAAGGAUCAGAAGUCGGAGCUUCGCUUUUCGGCCUUUGUGGAUAAUAAGAACAAAGCCCCUGAUAAAAGGCAAAGACCCCCACCUCGCAGAGACCUUACAAUUCCACGUGGAUUGAAUUUGCCUAAACCUCCAAUCCCCCCACAAGUGGAAGAGGAAUAUUACACAAUUGCAGACUUCCAGACAACUAUUCUUGACGGCAUCAGUUUCAGUGCUGGCCUAAAGGUUGAGGUUGUAGAAAAGAAUUCCAACGGUUGGUGGUACAUUCAGAUAGAUGAAAAAGAAGGUUGGGCUCCAGCAACAUAUAUCGACAAGUAUAAGAAAACAAGUAAUGCUUCCAGACCAAACUUCUUAGCUCCAUUACCAAAUGAAUUGUCCCAGCUCCGACUUGGUGAUGCUGCAGCUGAAACUAGUUCCACUGACAAUGCUUUUGGGCCCUCCAAGCCACUACCUGAAGGUCCCUCAAAUGCCUAUGAGCAGGUGAGCAAACGUCCAAAAGACUGCAAGGAGAAGGAUGUUUUCAGGAAUGCACCUUUAGAUAACAGAUACAUACCUGUGGUUAGUGGAACAGAUGAAGUGGGUAACAGAGAUGUAGAAGAAAAGCCAAGCCUUCCUCCAAGGAAAGAAUCAAUUCUCAAGUCUGAGGAGGAUGCAGAAAGGCAGAGGCAUGAACAUUUAAGGGGAGCUAUGCCCAAACCUCCAAUUCCUGGAGUUAUCCUGCCUGCUGAACCACCUUUGCCCAUGCCACCAAAAGAGAUGAAAAAAUCUGGAGAUAAACUUGAAAAAACAAAGCCUUUCCAACUCAAAAAUGAGAUGGGCCUUGAAUGUGGUCACAAAAUUUCUACCAAAGAAAUUAAAAAGCCUAAUCUUAAACCUGUUGCAAAGUCCAUAAAACCAAAAACUGAAGUAGUGGAAGAGAAAACCAUGCCUGUACCUCCAAAUCCAUUUAUGAAACCAAAGCCUCAGUUAAGACCUAAACCAGCUCCUCCCUCAAAAGGAGAAUCACAGCCAGAAGAUAAAGUUGAUAUAUCUAACCUAAGAAGCAGACUGAGGCCUGCAAAGCUCCCAGAGAAGCCUGUAGAUCAAGAUAAUUGUCCAAGUGCUAAUGAUACUCAGAACUCCUCUAAUAAGCUGCCUCCGGGAGACCCCCCUAGUAGGCCUCCAGAAAGAACAACUGAAAAGCCACCCCCAAGGCAAUACAAUGGGUUUAAAGAUGAUUUUCCUAUUAAGGAUUCAGAAUUGAAAGGUUCAAGGGAACCACCACCAAGACCAGUUGUGCCACCUAGAAGACCUCCACCACCUAAAAAAAUAUCUGGCUCUUCUGGUUCUCCAGAAAUAAAAAGUGAAAUAAAGGAAUCUCAAGAUGUUAGACCUGCUUUAGGACAAAAUCGACCUGCACUUGCUCCUCCAAGACCUAAGCCAGUUCAGCAGACCCCUGCCCAAGAUGAAAUCAAACCUAAGAGUGGUUUGGGUGUUAAAGUGAUAACUAAACAAGCAGAAAAACUGGAAGCAAAAGAAAAGCCUUGUGACAGUCUUAGAGAUCGGGUUAUCUCAGAAGAUGUUUACAUAGCCAUUGCUGAUUUUGAAGGAGAUGAAGAAACCAGCAGUUUCAAAGAAGGAACACUAUUUGAAGUAUCUGAAAAAAAUUGCAGUGGGUGGUGGUUUUGCAAAGCGCUAACUGGUGGGCCAAAUUGGGAGGGCUGGAUCCCUUCCAAUUACCUAAGAAAAAAGCCAUAGUUUACCAUUAUACUCUACAAAGUAUUCAUUUUCACAAGAAUAUUUAAUUAGCUUUUUUUAAUUUAUAGUUUGUUUCUGAAGCUUGCAUUUUUAUUACAUUCCUCAUUCUAAUCAUUGUUAAGGUGGGACAACAUGGAAAAUAAACUGAUAAAUAACAGGGCAUUUUUGUAUAGUAUGCCAGAAAUAAAUCCAUGUUUUGAAAGUUUUUUAAACAAAAAGUUUUUAAGAGCCAAGCCUGGUAACCAUAUAGCAUGUGCUCUGUAAUUUUAGUGCCAGAAGAGUUUGCUGUAUAGGUACAUUUGCUGACCAGCAUCUAGAACCCAGAAUUCCUUGUUGUUGCCAAAGUAGCCCAUAAAAUGUUCUCAUUUUAUAAUAGAGUAAAUCAUGUUCAGUAGUGUGACUAGGGUGUGCUGCUUGUGCACAUGCUGAUGUGCGCACACACCGACGCGCACACACACACACACACACACACACACACACACACACACAGACGCACACACACACCCCAAAAGGAUCAUAAGGCUAUGUGCCAAAGUAAUGAUCAGUAUUUUAUAGGCAAUGCAAUGUUCCAAUAUGCAUCACACUAAGCUUACUAAAAUAAAAUUCUUUCUUCUGACUGCUAGGUGUUGAUAAAGAAUAUGAUAACUUGAAAUUAACUUACCGAUUUUACUUCAAAGUGGGCUGUUACUGGCUUUUGUAGUGCAAGAACAUAAAGCAAGGUUUAUAUCUGCUAAUCUGUGGCCAGUGUGCACUGUGUAGUUGGUUGGAUGCUCAUUACACAGGUGAUUCCAUAUUCUCUGCUUCACGUCUUCCUUUCUGCAAGUAUUCACUCUUCAUAUUCUCAUUAAGCUCCAUCCUACAUAUGCAAUCUGUUUAAUGCAAUAUUUCAAAAUGUAUUUCCUUUUAAAUUAAAAUAUCUGUUUUGAUGUAUUUACGAAUCUGACAGUAUAAGGUAACUUCAUGAGUGAGUGUAGUGAUCUGCAGGCAACAUAGGUCUUGAUAACAUCAAAUUAAAUUUUUCUGCAGCCUCAUUGUGUAUAUUCUGAUAAUGGGUAUGACUUUUAACUGGAUAUUAAUAUCUAGGUCACCCAUUGAAAUGAUAUUUUGUCUGGUGGGCAUUACUCAGUAAGCGAAAACUAAAUAAAAAAAAAUGUUAGUAAAUGAUUCACGCCAUUAGGUCACACAAAAGCUCAUUGUUCAGACAUAUAGAUCUAAUGACUGGAUUUUUAAAACAGUGUUUGUAGUUGCCAAAAGUCUCUCAUUUAUUUCUUGCCAUCAGCCUUCAUGAAAACUUUGUGCCAGUCUGUCUAUUAAUCAUUGUUCACUUUUGUUCCAAAAUCCCACUUAAAUAUUUUCUGCUAUCAACUUUCUGAAACACUUUCCUUUAGUCCUGUUGUAGCAGCUUGGUAUAAACCAUACUGCAGGUAAUGCCACUGUUAACUUGUGGAUGCCAGUCUAAGACUGGUUUUAAUACAUUUGACCGUUUCAUGUCAGAAACGUCCUGUUGUAUCUGUUCAGUACAGUAAACAAAUUGCUCUAAGCAAUGGCCACUAGCUUGAUGCAUUGGUGAUUCUAGCUUUCUGUGUGUUUUCUACUCAAAUUAUCUUUUCACUGUGGGUGGGUAUGCACAUACAAACACACACUUUUUAUGGGAGGGGGGCUUACAGUAGGGAAACUCUGGGGAUAAUUUUUUUUUUGUUUCUUUUUACAAAUUCAACAUAAGCUCACCUCUCCGUUCUGGGGAUUUUGCCAUUGUAAGUGCCCAGGCAUGUGCUGUUUACUCAAAAAGAGGACAGCAUCUGAAAGGCUUAGUGACUUUCCCUGAAAGCUUAGAGUGUUUUCUUGGGGUGAGUUUCUGUGGUUCAUUUCUAUCUAGAAAAUGCCACCUGUGGCCAUAAUGAAUACAACAGUAGCUGUGUCUUGCAAGACGCCUAGACUUUGUCUUCUACCGUAACUAUUACUUUUUGAGGGCUUAGGUACCUUUUGUACUGUGACCUCAUCACAGGUUUCCAAUACACAGCAGGCAUGCAUAAUCAUCUCAAAUGAUCUUUUAUAUUAUUUUUGGAACUACAGCAUCAUUCAGAAUUCUUCUAGCACUGGAUUUUGAAAUCAUCUGUUUUGUUUCUCUCUGGUGAAAUGGUGAAGGAAGAUGCAAGAGUAGAAAUAAGAAUACCUGUGGUUUCAGUGUAAGAGGAUCUAUCUGUUCAAAGUACUGAGUCUUUUACAUGCUCCGUGGGGGUGGGGUAGAACUGAAUCAGUUAUCUAACUAUUGCAGUUCAUGCUGUUUUAGUACUCUACUGCCGCAAGCAAAUCACAUGGUCUCAUUUUAGCCAAUUACUGCAAGUUUAGAGUCUAGCAGUUUAGCUCUAGUGCAACAUAGCAACAUCCUAUGCUUAGUAACAAUACUGUCUCUCUCAAAUUGUAACGCUCGUGCUUCUUUAUGUAUCUAGAGUGUUCACUGCGAAGAGCAUGCUUCCAUACCUCUCAGCCUCUUAGAGUAAAAACUUUGGACAAAGCCAUAAAUAAUGGAUGGACAAAGGCCCCGGAAUAGACACACUUUUUUAAAUAUUGCUCUUACACACUUAAAAGUUGAUUAACAGGUUUUGCAUUAACAUGAAUUUUCUAAAGGGUAUGAAGUCUGAAACUCAAAUGUAUGUCAUUAUUUUCUGACUUCAACCCUCAAUGAUUUAUCAACAGAAAGCCGCAAUUCUUAUGAGAAACAAACCAAAAAUGUGAGGCAUGAAUCUGUACAGAUGAGAGGUAUGCAUGCUUCAUGUCGAGUAUUUUCUAUAUACGGAUACCAAGUAUACAUUUCUGUAGGUCUUUAAGGGUUACAGUCAGCUUUCUCAAGUUACAGCAUUUUGCACAUUAUCUGGCUGGCUGCUAGGACAGAGAAUUGGACACUGGCAAUACUGGACUAUUCUCUGUCCUUCAGAGACAGAGAGGCAUUGAGCACAAAGCAAAAUGUCAAUAGACUUUACUGCUUAAGGACCAAAUAAUGCCCACUGGACAUUGGCACAACCUUUACUGCUGACCACCUUCUUGCUAUUUUGAACAUUCGAGCAUACAGAAAACAAAUUGUUCAUUAGAUUUUCUAAAUAGAUUAUGCUAGUCAUGUCACUGAAGGUUGGUUCUUUCGUGUACCUUGUUACCGUAGAAUAAAUCACUUCCACUGAGAUCAGAGAUUCUAGUUAUUGAUUGAUAUAUAGUCCUACGUCAAGAGAAGGAGACUGAUGAUGUUUGCUCUGAUCCAAAGAGGUUUAAUCAGAUUUCAGUGGAUUUAAAUCCAGUAUAAUCCUAAUGGUUUCGCCUGUUAUUACCCAGCUGUUGCUAGCAAAAGAACUAUCAUUGAUUCUUACAAUUUACUGUAAAUUUGGGACUUUGGUGAUGUCAUCUGCUGUUUUAGUUUCUAUUUUUUCCAGCUUCCAUCAUGAUUCAUUACAGUGUUACCAGCACUGUGAUCUCAGAGAAAUGUUGGGGCUUUUAUGGUAUGCAAAAGCUGUUUUAGGCUUGCAUGCACAAGACAAUGUUAGAUGUUCAGUUCAUGGACUAAUAUUUCUUAAACUGGCAUUUUGUUUGUCAGAUCAGUCGUGUUAUUGAGUGUUUGAUUUUCUAAUUCCAUUGACAUUUGCAGUGCUCUUUAUUUGAGGUAUACCACUUAAUAUGUGACUAGUAGGAUAGGCUUUUUGUUUUUUACUACUACAUGAAACAUCUAGGCUAUAUUUUGCCUUAGAAGUGUCUACACUAACAUACUAUUCUGACAGCCUGGAACAGCAUUGUUUUGAAUAAUUUUAUCUGUUUGAAAGAGUCUGCCUUAUCAUAUGGCUGCUACUUCUUUAGCAUAUUUUUUUUAAUGUACACUAUUUCGGGCUGAAUUGUUGAGUUUCAGGAAUACUUGUAUGUGGCCAGUUUAUUUCUCAUAUAGACUUAUUGUCUUUACACACUAAAAUAACCUGUAGUUGUUUUCUUCCCCUCUAUUAACCAAUGUCUGAGUUUAAGCAGUUUGUUUCCAUCCCUGCAUGCAUUUUUCACUCAAGUCUCAUUGCAUUAUUUGACAUACAUCAGCUAUAUAAAUAAUUUUGAAAUGUAAAAGUUCAGAAAACAAGCAAUUGACCUGUUUUAAGCAGUCUUUCCACUUGGAUAGCCGCAGAUGAAAAGGAUUAAUUAAGUCAGCUCACACAUUGUUCAUACUGAUGACGGGAUGGUAUUAGUACCCCAUAAAAGUGAUGUUGGCAAGUACAGUUUUAGUGCUGACCUGUAUUUUCAUUUUAAGGAUAGUAUGUCUGCUAUAUGUAGUUGUAGUGUCUCCCUUUGAUAAGCAUUCCAUUUGUUUUUAAAGUACAUUUAUCUGAUGUUCCUGUCCCUCCUCCAAGCUUGAAUAAAGUCUUAUUUUACUUA